UUUUUAAAUAUAUUCUUUUUUAAAAAUAAACUGUAUUUAAUAUCUGAAUAAUAAAUAAUUUGUUGAUGCAGUAAUCAGCCUUUAAUGUAAACAACAUUUUAAAACAUUUUUUGUUGGCGGAAUAACACAAAGCGUUUUUAUUUGUUGUCCGCCUGCAUAUUUGAAGGGGGUCAAAAAAUGGCAAUGAGCUGUACAGUGGUUUCCAGAUCAGGCAAUUAAUUCUCCAUAAAGUUUAUUCUUCAAAGAGCUAUAAUAUCCUUGGGCCAGCAGCGAUAUUAGUUAAGUGAGGGCAAAUACAACAACAAAGAGACCAUGAUGCCUGGAGAAGAUCUUUGUGAUGAUGAUUACUAUGGAAUAAAUCCAUAUGAAAGUUUCAUGAAGAAACAUUUACAGCAUUAUGGCUAUUACACUGGGAGAAAUCAAAAUUAUAAACAUCACUUUAAACACUAUGAAGAGUGGGAAAAAAACUAUGGCUAUACCAUGAGUAGUGAAAGUUCUGAAGAUUCAGAUUCUGAUACAGAUGAUGACAAGGCUUGUGACAGCAAACUUCAAGAGGAUCUGCUGAAAACUACACAGCUUAUAUACAGCUGUGGAGAGUCAGGAAAAAUGGUGCCACGACUCAGAGAACCCAGAAGUUUGUAUGCUUUAAAUAAAGAGCUUGGCCCACAGCAAGCUGCUAGAUGGCCUGCUGACCUGCAAGUCAUCAACGAGAGAAUCAAACACAUACAAACAAUACCCACAGAGCCUGAACCAUUUUACAAACAAACUGGCUUUGAAAAGUGCCCAAUGGUCAGAGGUGAAGCCAAUGGAGGCAAAGUUGUCUUCUCUUAUGAAGCAAAUUCCAGUUUUUUUAUGAAGUCUCGAGUUGGUGGAUCUCGAAAUGGAUGUGACCAGUGCAGCAUCAGUCUUGAGUCUGAGAAUGACACCACAUUAAUUUUUGAGUCAAGGUUUGAAAGUGGUAACUUAGGCAAGGCUGUACAAGUAGGAGAAAGAGAUUAUGAGCUCUGGCUUCGCCAUGACCUAUAUACCAACAAACACACUCAGUGGUUUUACUUCAGAGUGUCUAACACAAGGGCUGAUGUGGAGUACAGGUUUACUAUAGUUAACUUUAUGAAAUCUGACAGUCUCUAUAAUGAUGGCAUGAAACCAGUUAUGUACAGUGAAAAAGAAGCAGAACUGAAUAAAGUUGGAUGGAUCAGGGCUGGCAAUAAUAUCAAGUAUUACAAAAAUAAUCUCAGAUAUGAAAUGGGCAAAGGAGAGCGCUACUACUACUCCAUGACAUGGACCAUCCAAUUCAAACAUGACAGAGACACAGUGUACUUCUCUCAUUGCUACCCUUACACCUACACAGACCUACAAAACUAUCUACUGGACCUGACCAAUGAUCCUAUCAAAUCAAGAAUCUGUAAGCAGAGAGUCUUGUGUAGAACACUAGCUGGGAACCUUGUUUAUGUCAUAACUAUUACUUCUGCUUCCCAGAAUCCUGAAGAUAUGAAGCACAAAAAGGCAGUAGUCGUGACCUCAAGAGUUCACCCAGGUGAAAGUAACUCUAGCUGGAUGUUAAAAGGAUUUUUGGAUUUUGUCACAAGUAGCUCUCCAGAUGCUAAGCUUCUCAGAGACUCAUUCAUCUUCAAAGUGGUUCCAAUGUUGAAUCCAGAUGGCGUCAUUGUUGGCAACUACAGAUGUUCUCUGACUGGUCGUGAUCUCAACAGAAACUAUAAAACAGCUUUAAAAGAUGCUUACCCCUCUGUGUUUCACACCAAACAAAUGAUUAGAAAACUUCUACUUGAGCGAGACGUUAUUGUUUAUUGCGACUUGCAUGGGCACAGUAGAAGACAGAAUGUGUUUAUCUAUGGAUGUGAACAACCUCACAGGUCUAACAAAAGAUUUCAUGAAAGAAUUUUCCCGUCCAUGCUCAACAGAAACACACCUGAGAAGUUCUGUUAUGAUUCCUGUAAGUUCAAAGUUCAAAAAAGCAAAGAAGGCACAGGAAGGGUUGUGAUGUGGAACAUGGGCAUUAUGAAUAGCUACACUAUGGAAGCUACAUUUUGUGGCUCUAGUCUGGGCAAGAAGAAGGGCUUUCAUUUUAACCAGAGAGACUUUGAAAUGAUGGGCUACCACUUCUGUGAUACACUCUUAGAUUACUGUGAUCCUGACAUGACCAAGUGCGACCAAAUUCUCUUUGAAUUGAAACAGAAACACCACAUGAUGGUCUUGGCUAAAAUGGCUGAGAAAGGUUUACAAGUGGAGGACUUCCCAGAGGUUGACAUGUCCACUGACACAGAAUCAAGUGAUGAUGGUUCUGACAGUUCUAUAUCUGAUGGGCCCCCUGUACAUCUACAGUUCACUGCUCCUAAGCCUAAAAAAAAGAAGUUACGCAGUAAAAGAGAAAGAGAGAAACUGCACAAAGAAGAAGCCAGAAAAACAACCCCAGUUCAAGAGGACAAAAAAAUGAGGAAUAAUCAAGUAAAACCAUUGAAACCAGACAAUGGAAAGGCAAUGAAGUACUCAACCAAUAUACCAAAAAGAGCCCGGUCUCUAGAUGAUCGCACCAACUCUGGUAUUCCAGUGUUUGUACAGGAAAGAUUUGAAGAGAAGCAACAGAAGAAACAUGAAUACCUUGAAGCUUUGACUGCUGCAUACAUCAACAAUAACAUUCCUAUAGUCACAGAUCCAGCAUUUGUAAAGCUGGAUAAUAACUAUAUGAAAGGUGAAUUGGAUAAUGAGCUUAUUACAAUGGCUGCUAGUGAAGAAGCUGAUCUCAAAAGUGAUAAACGCACUGUGUUUGGUGCAGAAUCACCUAAGCCAAUGACAGUAAUGACCAGGCAGCCAUCUAAAAUUGCAAUGGCUACCACUGAUAUUUGGUCUUCUGAACCAGUUAUACACUUUCGCUACUCUGGGAAAAAUUCUGAGUUUCUGAAUAGUCAUCCUCAUCCUGAGCCCAGCCAGCCUCGUCCUUCUCAGGCUGCUGGGUCAGAAGUGCCACAGUCAAAUGGUGAAGCAUUGACAGACUCAGCCAGAUUCCAGUCAGUGUUUCGUGAACUGGAUUUGCAUAGAAUUACACCUAAGUGGCUACAAGAAGAGGCAUCUAGAAUUUAUGCCAGGAGAGGUGAUGAUUCACCGUUUAAGAUCUCCCGUAUAUUUGGGAGAAGAGAGGUCGCUUCAUCUGAAACCAGCGUGGAAGACAUUUUGAAAUCUAGCCUGACCCACUCGGCAUCUAGCAGUCUGGCCCGCAGGAAACAUAAACCCCACCUUCUAGAAGUGUCUGCAGCUCAGCAGCGUCAAACAGAAACCUUGUCACAUGAUAGGAUGAGCUCAAUCAAAACACAUCCAAACCCUUUCGAUGAGAUCUCUGAGGCCUCUAGAGCUGCUUCAUCAGAUCAGACAUCUCAAGCCACUGUCUCAAGUGUAACACCAGUAAAGGUUGUACAGUUACAGUCAUCUGAUGUUGGUAGUGACAUAACCACAUCACAACAAACUCCACAAGCUCCUAAGAAGUCUGGAAAAAGUUUUAGAGAAAAAAGUGGAAGAAAAAGCAGAAAAUCUAUGAGAGAUGAUGAAGAAAACUGUAUGGAAACUACUAAACACAAUUCUGCGGAAGAAGGAACACCUAGCUCCGCUGAGUCUAGGAAACUACUAUCAACAGAACAUAGGACACUUAAUUUGAAUAUUGCACUAGAUGUUAAAGCUGAAAUGGUGAUCCCCAAAAUUAGUGCAAAAUCAGCCAAAAAUGGACGCAUGAAGUCUACAGAGAUAACCAAUGUGCAAGAUAUUAAAAAAGCAUUGACUUCUACUAACACUGAUUUGUCUGCUGAAGGUGUGAGCAAUGCAGGGGAUUACAUUCAAAAGCUUAUUAAGGACACAAGUGAAGAAAUCAAAGAUCUAACCAAUGAAAUUCAGCAAGACUUGGAGAAAAAACAACUUAAAUCUAGAGAAGCCUCCAAAAUGUCCAUUGUGGAUUUUAAAGACAAACAGUUUAGAGAAAAUACACAAUUUUCAGAGAGAACCCCAACAGCUAGUGCACAGUUAUUAUCUUCAUCAGGGAGUGAGCUUAUGUCACACAGUUCUAGCAGCAUUUCAGAAACUAAGAAAACAAGCUCUGAGAAAAACUUGUUUCCUUCAGUGUUGCCUUCACCUCAUUUGGUGACUGACAGUUUUAAUCACGCAAAACUUGAAGAGAUAACUAAGUUCAGUCCCUUAGAUUCUGUAAAAAUAAGUGGAGAAAUUAAAUUGAGUUUAGUGAAUGGUAAGAGCAAAGAUGCUCAGGAAGAGCUCUCUAGGUCUAGAAGUUUAAAACGACAUUCCAGCCUGACUUCCAUGCAGUCAUCCAAUAACAGAGUCCCAGCACAAGGCAGACAUAGCACCAGCCAGGUAAACAAUAGCAGUGGUAAUGUGGAUCGCAUUACUCAUCCAACAUUUGGGAGUGUGCCGCAAAAAAUGUCCAGGCCAGUUCUCGAGGAUCCUGAUGAUGGGGCUUCACACCGACAGCUGAACCCAUCCAGCCUUCUCACUAGCUACAGCCCCAUUGCUAAAGGAGUUCGACUGAACAAGCACAACUUGGUCUUUAAAGGUGAUGGACAACAUCCAGAAAAUGGUGGCGUAAACACAUCUAGGAGCUUAGUUAACUAUUUAGAUGUCAGAGAAACCCAGGAAGGAGAACUUGGUGAUAACACAGAGCCAUCACGUUCAAGGUCUGCUAAAUCUAGUUCACGCCAGGUCAUCGAAACCAUUCCUAGCAAAAUAUCCUUGAUCAUUUGCCAGGACCAUCAGGACACAGGGUCAAUGCCAGCAAGCCAUCUACUUUCCCUUUCUCGUCAAGGACAAAGAUCUUUGUUUAGCAGGCAACAAGUCAGAAGGAAAUAAAUGUUGGUCUAAGAUUUUUUGAGUUAUUUGUACCUACUACUGCCAAUAAUAAAAAGACUGCUUUUUUCAACAGUACAGCACAGUGAUUCAUUAACAUUUUACAAGCAGAUUUACUAUUGUAAGUUUGUCUAUGUGCAUAUAUUACGAUACAAAACUUUAAUGCAGAUCUUUUGUUUUAACAAAAGUGUUUAUUAUGAAAAAAAUAAUUGAAGUAUUUCUUGAAAACAAAGUGCUAUUUUAACAUUGUAAUGUGUAAGACCUCCAAAUGUUCAUAAAUUUAAUUAGAUAUAAUGAUAAUUGCUUUUUUUUUUCGGUCAAUAACUUUAUUAAAAUAGUAUUUGUAAGUUUUACAAAUGUUAAUAAUAUACAAGACAAGCUGUGAUAUAAUUAUCUAUUGUCAAGUUGAAAGAAUAAAGGAAUAUAUUUCUAACCA